AUGAACGAGAAUACAAAGAAAGCUUUAGAUAAAGCAAAAACGAAACGUAAAACGUUAAGAAGGUUAACAACACAAGUAAUUAACAGAAUAUGUGAAUUAUUAGAACAGGAUAUUGUAGAUACAAAAUCAUUAGAAAAAUGUGAUAUGAAUCUACAAGAAAAAGCAGAUCAGAUAUUUAAGUUAGAUCUAGAAAUUGAGAAUUUAAUCCCUGAAGUAUCUGAUCUAGAAACAGAAGUCGAGAAUAAUCAGGAAUACAGAGAACGUAUAAUCUACGCGAAAUCGAAAGUUAAGAAUUAUCUUCAGAAUUCAGAUAGAAAUAAGGGAGAUUUUUCGUUGAAGAAUAAUUCUUCACUUAUUUCGAAUAGUGAACCAGAUAAACCAAGAAUAAAUUUGCCGAAACUUCAUGUAGAACCGUUUGAGGGUAAUUUAGAGAAGUUUCAGGAAUUUUGGUCACAGUUUGAUAAUGCGAUUCACAGUAACGAACGCUUAUCUAAAGUAGAUAAAUAUAAUUAUCUUAAAGCUUUCUUGAAAGGACCAGCCUUAACUAGUAUUCAAGGACUAUUGGUAUCGGAAAAUAAUUAUGAUUUAGCAGUUGAAUUGCUUAAAGAAAGAUACGAGAAAAAAGAAAUUAUUGUAAGAUCUCAUAUUAACCAUUUGUUAAAUUUAAAUGCAGUAAAAUCGGAUUCGUAUUUGAAAGAAUUAAGGGAGUUAUACGAUACGAUAGAAAUCCAAGUACGGGGUUUACAAACUCUUGGUGUCGAACUGAAUUCAUAUGGAAGUUUGUUGUUUCCACUACUAACCAAACUUAUUCCAGAUUCCAUUGUGCUAGAUUUUUAUAGACAGCAUGAAAAAGACGAUUGUUGGAAUGUAACAGAAUUAUUAAAAUUUCUUAGAAGAGAAACAGAAACGCGAGAACGAACAUUUUUGUUUCGACAAACAAGGGAAAAUAAUGAAUCAGUUAAAAGCGUAGACUAUAAACUGUCAGUUAAUAAAUUUUCGGAAAAGGGGAAUAGAUUUCAGAAGUUUAAAGGGAAGCAGCAAGAUUCGAUUCCUAACGCAACCGCACUGAGCACAUUUCAGAAAAUUUGCAUUCCUUUGCAAUAA